CUUUCGAUAUGGACUCGGACUCAGAGCCGAUACUGUACAUCGAUAGAACGGAAGGGGGCGACCUAUUCAACUCCAAGCCUCGGUCAUCCGAAUCUAUCAAGCUGCGGGAGCUGGGCUUGCAAAUCUACAAAGAAGUCUGGAAAGAAUUUUAUAAAUGGGAACCUAGGGAGUGCCAACGGGUUAUCGACUCUUUCGCUGGCCGACGAGUCCCUGGAGCGCAACAGAAAUACAAUAAAAUGAUAGAUCAACUAUUCGACCCAGCCCUUCAGGAUUCAGAGAUGCAAGAGAACCCAAACCGAUCUUCCCUGAUAGUGACGCAGUACGAUGCUGACGGUCGAGGUAUAUCAUACCCCUUGGAGGUGGUGGAGAUCUCUGUCGAUCCUACUUUUGAAUCCCACCCUCCCUACGAAUCUUGUCCACCAAUCAAUCAAAGCAUUAAACCUGGCCGCCAACUAAGCGACAAAGUUCUCUUCAUCCCGUAUGCUGACGACGAGGACUUCCCGGUCGACGAAUAUCUAGAACCCUUUCCGUGCUUCGCAUGGGAAGAAGACUUUGAUCCAGACUUGGAAAUGAUCCAAAUCGAAACUGUCCGCCGACUAGACAGCAUUCACAAUAUCUCGCCGAAGGACAUUGAUAGGAUGGACAUCUUCAAACCACUGCGUGAAUUGUACAAUGGGGGCCUUUUAUGGGAGAGACACCAGCGAGAUUUCCUUCACUGGCCUGGAAGACCGUUUGAUACUGAGCGUGACUUGGAGUCUAGCUUUGAACCUGCAGUUGACAAUCUUUGUCAAAGGUUGUCGUCACUUCUUGCGACCUUUUGUCCAAACCUUAAUUGUCUGCGCACUCUGUGCACGACGCAUUCGCAUCCUCGGUCUGCGUUGUUCGGAGGUGUUAGGCCCAAGGUAACCAGCCAAAGCAUGCGACUCAGUGAAGGAGAGCCUUGUGGAGAAGAAUGUUUCCGUCUAACAGACGAGUCUUACAUGGACAAAGUCUACUGGGAGAACGAAUCCGAUAAAGAGACACUGAAAACAAUCUUAUCAAUCUCCCCCGACCUAUUCCCUUGUCAGCUUGCAGUUCUCUGCUUCAAGCCGUGUCGAGAAGUCUUUGUUCAACGAUCUCACAUAUUUCCAGAGCAUAGCAUAUAUGAUGAUGACCCCACAGGCGAUGAGGAAAGCCAUACACAGAAUCGCAGAACAGAGAAAAAGGCUCGAAAGCCUCGUCUCGAUUUUGAAGACGCGAGCUCUCAUGAAAAAUUCGCUCCCAUCGAGCCUUGCAAUCAUAAGGGUCCCUGUGAAGAUGCGCAGUGCCGUUGCUACUCUCAGAAACGACACUGCCAACUGGCUUGUCGGUGUGGUAUAAAAUGUGUUCGUCAAUUUCGCGGUUGCAAAUGCAAACGCUGCCAUUCAAAAACUUGCCCGUGUGUUAAACACACUCGAGAAUGUUUGCCUGGGAUAUGUACGAACUGCGAUGCAAAAGGUGCAACUGAAAAGCCAUGCGAGAACACGAGGCUUCAGCGAAAUGACGCCAAGGCUGUCGAGAUCAAGCGGGCUAAAUUCGGCCUAGGAGCUUUCGCAGCGGAAAACAUGAAGCGGGGCGAUUACAUCGGAGACUACGUCGGCAUCUUCAUGAAGCACGAAGACGCUGACUAUCUACAUGAUAUCACCAAUUACAGCCAUCGUAAUUAUCUGUUUGAGUUCUCACCCAACAACUUUGACGAGAUGUUUGAUGCUGCCCCGGUCGGAAAUGCCACUCGUUUCUUGAACCACUCACCCGCCGCAAAGGCGAAUUGUACGACAGAAGCUCUCCUUGUUAAUGGGGAGCAUCACAUCGGGUUUUACACCACUAAGGCAGUGGCUCGUGGACAGGAGCUUGUCUUUCAUUACGGCUCCAAAUACUGGUCACAAGAGCAGGGUUCGGAACCGUUAAACGAUUGAGGUAGCGGGUUUGAGUAUUGGUUCUACGGUACAUAGAAGAUUUCCAACCGUCAGAAUGCGUCCGAUGUAAUAUUGGAGACAGGCAUGUACAACCAAGGUUUGCGGAGCGGAUACGACUUGAAUGAACACAUACGAGUUCCUUCCUGAGGCCCGAGAGCUUCUCACGAGCUCGGCGAUUUUCACAGUGCCGACUCCGACACUAGUCAUCACAACGACAAUUCGGUACUAUCACCUGAUUCGGAAUGC